AUGGUGGCUGCGGCAGUUGGUUCUGAUCUGCCGGAGCAGCAGCAGCAGCAGCAGCAGCAGCAGCAGCAGCAGAUGUGCAUCUCAACGCUGCAGCGGCAGCAGCAACACACUGCCUUUCUGCUAUCAGAUGAUGCGCAGCUGCAGCGCAAGGUUAUGGCUGAAGUUUCUAAGUUUGAAGAACACAUUUUGCUGCUGAAAGACUUCCUUUUAAACUUUACUGACGACUUCUAUGACCCGCAGCAGCAGCAGCAGCAGCAGCAGCAGCAGUUGCCUCAUGGAGAGUAUAAAUACAGAAAUUAUAUUCAAGAAAUUGUUAAUGAAGAACGCGAUGACCUGCCUAUACACCUCGAAGAUGUUUCCUCUUACUUUGGUUCACCAUCUGGGGGCUCGACGGAGUGGGGCGAGAAGAAAGGAGAAGUGUUCGGGGUUUAUGAGGGUUUGUUAGUAAACACAACUCGCUACGUAGAGCUUAUUUAUCAAGCAGUAGAUCUAUUGCUGCUGCAGCAGGAUAUGUUUCCUGCUGCAGCAGCAGCAGCAGCAGCAGCUGACAGCGAUCUUGAGGUGCUCCUAGGAGACGGAACAGCAGAAGAGAGACAAAAAGCAGCAGAAGCAGCAAAAAGAUUCGACCCCUGGAAACGUAUAAG